CUCUGAUGCCAUGAUUUAUGAAUUUUUUAGGAAUAUUAAGUUAAUACAAGGGAAGGAUUCCUCUAAUAAUCAUAGAUGUACCUCUACUCAUUUAUUCUUUGAACAAAAGGAAAGACAACAUUAAGAAUCAAAUAGCCACAGAAAGCUAUGAUACAAAGCAUAUGAAAAGAGGAACAGAGAAUAGUAUCUCCUAGUCUUCCUAUCGUCACUCAAUAAUUCCCAGAAGAGCACCUGCCCGAAACAGGUAUUGAAGACUUGUGAAUACCUUGAAGGCUCUAGGGAUCCCAAGGAGAUUCUUGCGCUUAAAGAAGCAAGUUUUUGCAUGCAUAUUUAGUCCAGGUCAUCAUGAAGAGACUCUUCCCAGAAUGUAUGCCUUCAUGAUUACUUAGUAAUCUAUUUAAUCCCGACUGGAUACCCUGACUCUACCUGUUAGGAUGCUCUAACUUCUUGCCAACAAGUUGUAGCUCAGGUCAAGAAUUAAGGAAUUUCAGCCUCUUUUGGAUGCCUGAACAUAGCCAUUGCCCCAGCUUAUAG